AUGUGGGAGCGAGUGCUGGAAUAUGACCGGAAGAACUACUUGGUGGGAACUCAUUUCUUUGUCUCCUAUGAUCAACAAGAGGUGAAGGAGACCAUGGGCAGAUUGCAGAACGGCCUGGUGAACGGACAUGCCUACUCCUUCCUCCAUGCAGUGGAAGUGGAUGGUGUGCGACUGGUGUGCUGCAGGAACCCCUGGGGCAACGGUCACGAGUGGAACGGCGCCUGGUCCGACGAGAGUGAAGAGUGGGAGGCCUUCCCGGAGAUUGCGAAGGCCGUUGGCUACGAGGAUCAAAAUGAUGGUGCAUUUUGGAUGGAAUUCGAUGAUUUCUGCAACAUCUUCGACUGUAUCCAAGUAUGUCACAGGACCAUGCCGGCCCAGAGGGAUGGUUUUCAUGCUGGGGAGGAGGUGGAGACCAAAAAAGUGACGAAGGUGAUCCAGCCGAAAGUGGAGGAACCAGACUACGACUCGCUCGAAGAGUGCUACAUUGUGGUGGCUGGCGGAUCGGUGAAGGGAGUCUUCCUGGAUUUGGAGAAGGCGAAGGCCGAACUGAGCAAGCUCCCUGACCUGCGGAUGUUCAAGGAGUCAGCGCAACCCUACCGUUUCAUCGUCGCGGCCCAGUACGGGUUGGUGCAAGAGGACCCGCACACUGUUGCCGGGCAGAACCAAGGAGCUGCAAUGAAAGCCACUUGUUGGCCGCCAUUGGGAGAGAGCCAUCUAAGGAUCGCACAGGACUACUUGUUACAACAGGCCAAGGACCGCAAAGCAGCUGCUGAGGGUGAGCAGUGCUUUCUGGCGGUGGCCUUUGGCGCAGUGCGUGGGGUCUUUGCUGAUGUGGAGCAAGCAAAAGAAGAGCUGAGACUUGGAUGGGACCGGUAUCGAUCGGCGGAUGAAACAGCUCGGUAG